AUGGCCGGUUUGAUCAUUCCGGUGGCGGAUUUGCGCACAACGACUCUGCUCAUCCUGGUCGCUAUUAGCACAGCGGUUUCGGCCGCAGGACAAUCGGGAGGUUUCAAUGGCUAUAACUAUCCCAAACCAACUACGCCAGCUCCGUUCACCGGCUACGACUAUCCAAAACCUUCGAAACCGUUUAAUGAAGGCUACACCUACACAACUCCCCAGUGUCCGCUGGUGCUUCCCAGCACCAGUACCGUCACCGAUUAUCAGACCAUCGUGUCCAGUUCGUUUGUUACGCAAACUCAAACACUUCCACCGCUUAUAAGCACUCGGUUCGAGACGUCCUACGUCACGUUGCCCCCGGUAGUGCAGACACAGACGGACACUUCCACGCUUUACAUCACCUUAACCUCGACGGACAUUAUUGUGUCGACGACGACCGAAAUUCAGCCGACGACCGUCACCUCCCUGCUCACUACGACAUACUGCCAACCGAACACCUACCUUCCACCACCGCCGACUCCCCCACCCAACACGUACCUGCCGGUGGACCCACCUGCCAAGGAGUAUCUGCCACAGCGUCCCCCGACAGCCCAGCCGAACGUUGCGGGCACGUCAACCAUAGUGCGACAGUCGGAAUCAUCGGUCGGCGAUCAGGGUGCGUUCAUUUCCACCUUCGUCCAGCAGCAGUCAGGUCCGAUCAAGCGUGCCACCAUAGACAAUCCGUCGCGCCUGAACCCUUUGUCCAGUGAGCGGGUCGAAUCGAACGAAGUGAUCCCGGGUGAGGAAACAUCCAAGCCGGCCAUCAACAUCAUCUACAUCGAUCGCCACGGCGUUUCGGAGGGAAAACCCCCGGCAGCACUGAUGAACUGGUUGCUCUGCAAGUUUAAUCUUUCGAGCGGAUCCUGCUCAAACAACUGA